AAUGUAAUCAAAUGGAUGCACAGAAGACAUACUCUGUUUGAUAUAUGAGAUUAUCCCCCAAAAUUUUUGCCACUAGUGAAGACACAGAAACAGAAGCAGCAUUGUCUGCAAAGAUCACGGUCUGUAGAGCCUGAAACACCCAACGUGGAGAUAAGAUACACACACACACACACACACUCAUCACCUCUCCAAUAUCUUCUUCUUAUAAUUCUGCUUCGGUUUUUGUUGCUUUUCUUGUUGCCAACCCAUUUCCAGAGCUGAGAGUUUCAUCAUGACAUAGGGAUAGGAGAUGGUGCCAUGUGAAUUUUAUGGGUAGAGGCAUGGAAGAUUUCCAAACCUUUUUCGACAAUCAUUCUUUAAUGCUUUCUUCCUUUUUGGGCUAGUCUUUCUUGCAAUCAAAAGUACUUUGUGUUCCAUAUCUUCUCGUUUCUUUCUGCUCCCUCUCUUUCUUUCUCUCUCUCUCUUCAAGGUGUACAUAUAAUUAAGCCUUCAGGUUCAGUUUUGUUUCUGUCAACUUCCUUCCAUUAAAGGCUUCCUUUUGCAGACCAGAAGAUAACUCCUGAAUCAGCAUAAGACAACGGCUAGCUUCACUCUGAGAUAUGGAGCCAACUGGAAACUCACCCAACAAGCAGUCAUCAUCUGUGAUGCCUCCCUUGCAGAGGGACUCUCGUGGAUCACUUGAAGUAUUCAAUCCUUCCUCUACCUAUUCGACCCGACCCACUAACCCAGCCUUUGGCUCCAACCCCACUUGGCAAAGUUGGGUUGUUGAGCAGCCACAUGACAACCCAAAAUUUGAACCAUAUUCCAAUUUAUCUUCCAAGUCAGAUCGAACCGAAGAAAUCACAUCAUGGAUGGCUCUCAAAGACUCUACCCCACCACCUUCACUGCCAUUAUUUUCGUCACCAUCUGACCAUGACGAAAAAUCAACCCCAAAAUUAUCUGGGGAAGUGGGUCUGGCAGCAAAAAGGGCGGCCGAGUGGGGCUUAGUGCUGGAAACCGACACUGAAACGGGUAAACCGCAAAGGGUUGGGGUGAGGACUUCGGGAGGGGAUGAAAACAAAACGGGUACUUCUCGGAGAAAUUCGAAUAAUUCGGUUCGGAGUUCCGGAGACUUAUCAGAUGAUGGAGGGAAAGAUUAUAAAGGAAUUCCAAGAAUAUCUGAAGACAUCAAAGAUGCAUUAUCCUCCUUCCAACAAACAUUUGUGGUAUCAGAUGCUACAAAGCCAGACUACCCAAUAAUGUAUGCAAGUGCUGGCUUCUUUAAAAUGACAGGAUAUACCUCUAAGGAAGUCAUAGGCAGGAAUUGUCGGUUUUUACAGGGUGCUGGUACGGACCCAGAAGAUGUAGCUAAAAUAAGGGAGGCCCUACGGGCAGGGAAUAGUUACUGUGGGAGACUGCUGAAUUAUAAGAAAGAUGGGACGCCAUUUUGGAACCUGCUUACUAUUGCUCCUAUCAAGGACGAAUCUGGGAAAGUCCUUAAAUAUAUUGGAAUGCAGGUGGAGGUUAGCAAGCAUACUGAGGGGUCCAAGGAUAAGACAUUGCGUCCUAAUGGAUUGUCUGAAUCUUUGAUCCGAUAUGAUGCACGACAAAGGGAGAUGGCUACAAGUUCAGUAACUGAACUUGUUCAAGCAGUGAAGAGACCUCGUUCGCUUAGUGAAUCUACUAGUCGCCCCUUGAUGAGAAAAUCUGAAGGUGGUGGAGAAGAAGAAAGAAAAGGAGCUAUGGCAUGGAGAAACUCAGACAAUGUACCUUCUUCAAGUAGACGGAGUUCACUUGGUGGAACUCGUAGCUCAAUGCAGUGUAUCAGCGAGUUGCCAGAGAAGAAACAAAGAAAAUCUAUCCGCCUCUCUUUCAUGGGGCUCAUGAGGAAAAGCACACAAUCCAAAGAUGAGAGCUUCGAUGAUGCCGUUCUUUUCAACGAUGAUGAUGAUGAGGAGAUGAGUGAUGAUGAUUCAAGGGAUGAUAGUGUUGAUGACAAAGAAAGGAAGAAGGAAAUGAGAAAGGGUAUCGAUCUAGCUACAACGCUUGAACGUAUAGAGAAAAACUUUGUCAUUACUGAUCCGAGGCUGCCAGAUAAUCCCAUUAUAUUUGCCUCUGAUAGCUUCUUAGAACUGACAGAGUACAGUCGUGAAGAAAUCUUGGGAAGAAAUUGCAGAUUUUUGCAAGGGCCUGAAACUGAUCCAGCUACUGUGAGGAAAAUAAGAGAGGCAAUUGAUAGCCAGACAGAUGUUACUGUGCAGCUUAUUAACUACACUAAGAGUGGCAAGAAGUUCUGGAACCUGUUCCACCUGCAGCCUAUGCGUGAUCAGAAGGGAGAAGUACAGUAUUUUAUUGGAGUACAACUAGAUGGCAGCGAGCAUGUUGAGCCUCGCACCAACCGUAUUGCAGAGCAAACUGCACAAGAGAGUGAAAAUUUGGUGAAACAAACUGCAGAAAAUGUUGAUGAAGCAGUGAGAGAACUUCCAGAUGCCAAUUUGAAACCAGAAGAUUUGUGGGCAAACCAUUCAAAGGUUGUUAUUCCAAAGCCUCAUAGGAAGGAUACCCCCUCUUGGAAAGCAAUUCAAACGAUCUUAGACAAUGGAGAACAAAUAGGACUGAAACAUUUUAGGCCAAUAAAACCCUUGGGUUCUGGUGACACUGGCAGUGUGCAUUUGGUAGAAUUGUGUGGAACUGGUCAGUUUUUUGCCAUGAAAGCUAUGGAUAAGAAUGUUAUGCUCAACCGCAAUAAGGUGCAUAGAGCUUGUGCAGAGAGAGAAAUUCUUGAUAUGUUGGAUCACCCUUUCCUGCCUGCAUUAUAUGCUUCAUUUCAGACCAAAACACAUAUUUGUCUGAUAACUGAUUACUUCCCUGGUGGAGAGCUCUUCAUGCUUCUGGACAGACAACCAACAAAAGUACUGAAGGAGGAUGCUGUGAGAUUUUAUGCUGCAGAGGUAGUUGUUGCAUUGGAGUACCUUCACUGUCAAGGGAUAAUAUACAGGGAUUUAAAGCCUGAAAACGUUUUACUUCAGAGUAAUGGACAUGUGUCCUUAACAGAUUUUGAUCUAUCAUGUUUGACAUCAUGCAAACCACAGCUUUUGAUUCCAAGUAUAAAUGAAAAGAAAAAGCGCCAUAAACGUCAGCAGCAACCUCCAGUAUUUAUGGCUGAACCCAUCAGAGCUUCAAAUUCUUUUGUUGGCACUGAAGAGUAUAUAGCCCCGGAAAUUAUAACUGGGGCAGGCCAUACCAGUGCAGUGGACUGGUGGGCUCUUGGUGUCCUUCUAUACGAAAUGCUUUAUGGAUAUACACCAUUUAGGGGAAAGACAAGGCAAAAAACAUUUGCUAAUAUUCUUCGCAAAGAUCUUAAAUUUCCAAGGAGUAAACAGGUUAGUCUCAAUGCAAAACAGUUAAUGUACAGGUUGUUGCACAGAGAUCCCAAGGAAAGAUUAGGUUCAUACGAAGGAGCAAAUGAGAUUAAGAGGCAUCCAUUCUUCAAGGGUAUCAAUUGGGCUUUAGUUCGCUGCUUGAAUCCCCCUGAGCUUGAUGCUCCUCUUUUCGAGAUUGAAGCAGAAAAGGAAGAGAAAGUCGUUGAUCCUGACCUCCUCGAUUUACAAACCAAUGUUUUCUGAAGAGAAUUUUUUAUUUUUUAAGGAUGUCAGAUGCAUUGCAUUUGGGAGAAGACACUGAUAGGCUCUGAGGAUCAUCUAAUUUGUCCUGUAAAUGAUGUUCUGAUUGCUUUUGCUUGUGUUUGACCUCUGGAAUGGAGGCAGGAAACUGAGGUUUCUGUUGGUGCCUUGUUUAAUAAUAUGCAUGUUUGCUGUAAUGUUCUGUAAUCCAUGUCUAUUAGUACUUGGAAUUUUUGGUAUUUGAAUUAAUUUAUUUAACAUCUUUUCUCUCUUC